GAACAUUGACGAGCACACUCCUCUUUCUUCAUCUUCUAUAUCACCAUCCUUCCUCAAUCCCUACUCUCUUCAUUUCCGCCAUUGUUACUCAGCUUCUGCAACAAUGGCGAUUCCCUUCUCCUCUCUCCUCUUAGCAUUCUACUUUCUCUCACUAACAAGUGCAAAGAUCUCCACUCUCGUCGGAAUCAACUACGGCCAGCUCGGCAACAACCUCCCUCCGCCGCCCGAUUCCGUCGAUUUGAUCAAAUCCCUAAACGCCCAAAUCGUUAAAAUCUAUGAUGUCAAUCCCCAAAUCCUCAAAUCCCUAAACAACUCUGAUAUCAAGGUAUCCGUCAUGGUCCCUAACGAUCUUAUCAUCAACAUUUCGUCUAAUCAGAACCUCGCCGAUCACUGGGUUCGUACCAAUAUCCUCCCGUUUUACCCACAGAUCAAAAUCCGGUACCUCCUUGUCGGAAACGAAAUCAUCUCCUCCACCGGCAACCAAACCUGGAUCAGUUUGGUGCCGGCGAUGCGCCGGAUUAAACGCUCCUUGAAAACUUAUGGGAUUCAUAAAGUGAAAGUUGGAACCUCCUCCGCCAUGGAUGUUCUUCAAUCGUCGUUUCCGCCGUCGAACGGGACUUUUCGGGCGGAUAUUUCCGAUCGGGUCAUGAAACCGAUGUUGCAGUUUCUGAACCGGACGAAAUCGUUCUUCUUCCUCGAUGUUUACCCGUUUUUCCCUUGGGCUUCCGAUCCGGUCAACAUCAAACUCGAUUACGCGCUAUUUGAAUCGAAGAACAUCACGUAUUCGGAUCCGGGUUCGGGUUUGACCUACACGAAUCUCUUCGAUCAGAUGGUGGAUUCGGUGAUUUUCGCGAUGAAACGUCUUGGGUACCCGGAUAUUCGGAUCUUCAUCGCCGAAACCGGCUGGCCCAACGGUGGCGAUUACGACCAAAUCGGCGCCAACAUCCACAACGCCGCCGUGUACAAUCGCAAUAUCGUGAAGCGCGUCACUGCCAAGCCGCCAGUGGGGACUCCAGCUCGACCGGGUUGGGUUCUGCCGACGAUUAUAUUCUCUCUGUAUAACGAGAAUCAGAAACCGGGUCUCGGUACAGAGAGGCAUUUCGGCCUAUUAUACCCAAACCGGUCGGCCGUGUAUGAGAUGGAUUUGAGUGGGAAGACGCCGGAGGCAGAUUUUAAGCCGCUACCGGCGGCGGAGACUAACGAGCCGUACAAGGGGAAGAUUUGGUGCAUGGUAUCAAGGGGAGCCAAUAAGAGUGAGGUUGCAGGGGCCUUAGCGUGGGCUUGUUUACAAGGGAAUAAAACCUGUGAACCGAUACAGAAAGGCGGUCCGUGUUACGAACCGGAUUCUUUGAUACGACAUGCGAGCUUUGCGUUUAGUUCGUACUGGGCCCAGUUUAGAAAGGUUGGUGGGACCUGUUACUUUAACGGGCUGGCUACUCAGACCAUCAAGGACCCAAAUUAUGGAAAGUGCAAGUUCCCUAGCGUCACUCUGCAAGGAUGAUGACGUAAUAAAUAAAUUUUAAUAAGUUUUAUUUUUCGUUUAGGUUUUUAUUUUCAUGGUUGAUUUAGGAGGGUAGUUUGGGCAUCCCAUUUCCCUAGAAGUAUUAACUACGGAAUGGCUGAAGACUAGUUUUAUUUUAUUUAUUUUUAUUUUUAUUUUUAUUUUGUUGGUAAGAAAGAAAUGGGCGCCCAAAUCACCUUUCCAUUUUCACUAAUUCCACUCACUAUUUUUCUGACAUCU